AUGAUCAACUCUGUUGACCCCAGCGAGCCUGCUUCGUCAAGCAGCUCUCAGGUCCACAUCCCGAGCCAGCCUGAAAUGGUCGGCAAACAAUCCUCACUAUCCCCACCUCGCAGAUUUCGGGAAGUUAUCAACGAGUUCGCCGCUUCCCUAACACUGAGUUUAGUGCUCGAGAAUAAGGGUAAUGUCGCUCGUGAUCAUCUUGCAUCAGAGCGAACCUAUCUUGCCUACGUUCGUACCAGUCUCGCAUGCGCAAGUGCUGGAGUAGGUGAGACCGUGAUGUAUGCAAAUACCCAUGGUCAAGGAGAUAUUGUUCCACAGCGUUUUGCUCGACCACUUGGCGCCACGGUGGUGCUCUUGGGUUUGUUCAUCCUAAUUUAUGGCCUCGUGCGCUACUUCAUGACCCAGGCGGCCCUCGUACGGGGUUUCUUCCCGGUGGCACGUAAUUCCAUUGCUGCCCUGGCAUUUGCCCUUGGGGCCGUCGUUGGCAUCGUUUUUGGGGUAUUAGUUGCUGAAACUCGGGGCUAA